GAACCGGUUCCUGUUUCAGAAGCUUCUCUUCUUCUACAACUUGCUCCCCUUGAGGUUACCAGCUUCUCGUAACUAGUCGUUCUCGUUUUGUUCCCUUUUCAAGUUCCAAAGACCGGUGAGCCACUGCAUGCCUGCUUUCUGAGACCACGACGUGGAACUUGGCUUCAAGACCCUGAUGGAGAGUGGCUGCUCACUGACGGUAUGAAGAAACGUGCAACUUAAGACUGUUUCAGAUGGGAACCCAAGAGCUCAUUUUUGGACAUUGAAUACACCCUUGCAGAAAAAUAUCAGAGGUUUCUGUUUCUCCCAACCACUGAACAAGAAGAGCGUUAACCACAAUGGGCCAAGAACCUCAAAAUAAGCAAGGAGGCCAGCAUUCCCACCUGAUCCCUUGGGCCAUUGCUAUUUUUUUCAUCUUACUCCUCAGUGCUUGUUUUAUUGCAAAUUGCUUGGUGACUCAUCACAACUUUCUACGCUGCAGAAGAGGCACUGGAAUGUUCAAGUUACCAGAGUAUUACACGAAGAUAACAUGCGCCAAAGAGGAAUCAAAACAGAAAGGCACGAGCACCUGGAAUUGCUGUCCUACUGGCUGGAGAUCCUUUCAGUCCAGCUGCUACUUAGCUCUUAAUGACAACAACACGUGGGCCAAGAGUGAGAGGAACUGCACGGGCAUGGGGGCUCAUCUGGCCACCAUAAGCACGGAAGCUGAGCAGAACUUUAUCAUUCAAUUGUUGGAUAGUCGCUUUUCGUAUUUCGUGGGACUUACAGAUGAGAACCAUGAGGGCCAGUGGUCCUGGGUGGACGAGACACCGUUUGACCCCAAAAUUUCAUUCUGGCAUGAAGGCGAACCCAACAACUAUCAAGGAGAAAACUGUGUUGUCCUUGUUAAUGUCCAAGACAAAUGGGCCUGGAAUGACUUUCCUUGUAACUUCGAGACAAGAAGGAUUUGUAAGUUACCUGGAACAGCCUUCAGCUAGAAGCCUCCAGAAGAGUCCUGGUGAUGGUGACAGAAAAGAAGAACCAAUUCGACCAGGGCAGCGUGUACCUGCACCAAGGGAAGAGAGACAAUGUGCUGAGAAAACAGAACCUUUUUCAGUUACGAUGGCCUUAUUUAUUAUCAUUCUAUUUGUUUGAGACAACGUGUUUUGGUGUGGUUUGGGGGCAGGAGUCAUCUUUUCUGUGAGAAUCCAUUCUCAUUAACUUUGCUUUCUUGAUAGUGUAUCAAAGCUUUUUCUUUUCAGUUGGGGAGCAUCGAUUAUAUCUCAAACAGAAUGGCUCAAAUGAGGUCAUCUCUUAGUCAUUGUUCUCCUCUACUUGGAUUCUUAGCUCUUAAAAUUCAAAGGCAAGGUAUUCUAAGUGGUAGAGGCAUGCCAUUUUUUUUCCCCCAAAUAUGACAAGCCCUUUAAAGUUUUUAAACAACAUUUUCAUUGUUCAAUGCCUCAUCCCCAGACUUUUAAAGAGUAUCAGUCAUUAGAUUGACAUUCCAUGAGCAAAAUGUUUUCUGAAUGGCAGUGUAGACGUUCUGAAUGGUAGUAUUGCCAAGAUAGAAAAAAAGAAAGUCAAUACCUUAAAAAAAAACUUUACUUCUUACUCUACCUUAAAUAGCUUCCCAAAGCAGUGGGAUCCCAAGCUGACUUAAUUUCUUUUCGAGUGGAUAAGUCCCUCACAGGCCACCGUAACCAAACUCCUUCAACUCUGUAGAUGAAGAAACAGGACCCAUGGGAAGCCAGAGAGCUCAACCUGAACACUGCUAGUUCAUGAGAGAAGCGGGGCUGUGGCCCAGAACUAACCUUCAUGAGAGGCAAACUGUAUUACCUUUGGUAUUACAGGAAAGUUACCGGGGUGACUUGACUUCUUGACUAAUCGAUGAAAGUUCUAACAUUGUAUUAGCGUUUCUACAUUUUUAACCUGAAUCAGAAAAAACAUCAUGUUUUCAGCUCAUUUAUGUUAGCAUGUCUUCUUAGAGCUAUACAGCUAGAGUCCAACUAGCAAGGAAGUCAUUGUCUUAACAACAUGAAAUGACACUUUUGUCAUGUCACUAGUGUUAGCUGUGAAGCAGUCCUAUCCAAAAUGUGC